UUAACGUUUUCAACGCAAUGGACACGAGCAAUUUAGCAUCGGAAACGAACGGCGCUUCCGAGCCCGCAGACGUUGACCAGGAAACUGAGGAAGACGAUGAAAUACAAAUGUCUUCACAGGAGGUUCUGGAAUCGCUUCAACGGGCGUGGAUAAACGAAAAGUUUGCCCCCGAUCUGCUGCCGUACGAAGAAUCGUUGGUCGAAAUGGUCAUGAUUCAGUUGGUGCACAUGGAAGAGAACCUUGCGUCGACCAACCAGAACGAUCUGCUGUACAUCGUGCACCGCAUGGAAGUGGAACGGAUUCGGUUCAUUGUGGCGUCCUAUCUGCGGUGUCGGUUGCAGAAAAUCGAAUCAUACGCUUCGCACAUCCUCGACACGGAUUCGGUCCGCUCGUCCGACGCUAAACGGUUGUCGGACGCGGAGCACAAGUUUGCCGUAGACUUUCACGAGAGUGUCGAAAACCAUUUCUAUCAGCUAGUCGUGCGGCACAUGCCGCAAAAUCACCAAGACGACGAACGGAUUCACCGCGUGGUACCGAACGUCGAUGGGCACGUUUUUGCGCGGGCCAGAAAAAACGUUGGCGAGUAUUCUCUGGCUGGCGGAGAACAUUCGCUCAAUAUAAAAUCUGGUUCGGUACAUUUGUUUAAAUACCGUGAUAUAGAACCAUUGAUAAUAGACGGCCUGUUGGAGCUGAUUUGAGUUAGUGUCACUGUUCCAUUGUGGUUGUUGUUACUCGUUUGCUUUGUAGUGGUUUUUGGCGUUGCUAUGGUUACACUCGAGUGCGACGAAAAAAAAAAUGCGUCAACGUGUUUAACCUUCAAAGCGUUGCGAA